CUAGAGAAACAGGACGGGAAGAGAACCGUCCGUAGAACUACGAACCCACCGCCGUCGUCCCCCGUCCGAUAUGGGGUGGGGUGUUCCAUAUGAAGGAAGCGGUCUGGUGGGAAGGCGACGAAUCCCAUCGCUAAUCCACCCGCAUUGUUGGUGACAUCCAGCGUAGUCUGGAGAGUCGAUACACCUUAGUGUUCAAGCAGAAGAAGUAUGGCGAAAAUUAACCCAGCAACACAGGUGAACCAUCCACCCGUGCUGAUUAUUGGCGCCGGUAUCGCGGGUCUGGUCUUUGCUCAAGGACUUCGAAAGCACUCUAUUCCAUUUCUCGUCUUCGAGCGUGACACUGCAGCCAACAGCCGUCUGCAAGGAUGGGCUCUAACAAUACACUUCGCCCUUGGUCGACUCCUGUCCAUGCUUCCAGACGACAUCCUCCAGAGGCUAGACGACACGCAGGUCGAUCCGCGCCUGUCUUGCGAUAAGAGCCACUCCGUCUUCAUCAACCUCGAGACUUGCGAGUACAAGUGGAAGCUCCCCCCGGGGUACGGCACUCGAAAGAGACUAUCACGGGACCGGUUCCGGCAACUGCUCCUUUCGGGGCUGGAGGAGAGUAAGACUCUCCUCUGGGGCAAGGAGUUCGUCGGUUUCGACGUUGACGAGAGCGGGCUCCCCCUGGCGCGUUUCGCCGACGGGACGCAGUACAAAGGCUGCCUGCUCGUCGGCGCUGACGGUUCCUCUUCCCGCAUCCGGGGCCGGCUAUACGACCUGCAGGCAGCUCCAACGAGACCCUUGCCCGUCAUGUUCUUGGGUACUUCGGUGGUGGUGCGCGAACCGUAUAUCGCCGCCCUCCGCGCCCUCGACCCGACCCUCUUUCAGGGCUGCCAGCCUCGAACACGCACGUGGAUGUGGUUCUCCGUCAUGGAGUCCCCUGACAUCAACGGCACAGCGUCCCGGCCACCUGAGGAGCGUCUCUGGAAGAUCCAGCUCUGUCUGUCGUGGCUCACGUCCGCCGCGGAGGACGCCGAGCAACAGGGUGGAGACUCGUCAGCCCCGGACCUGUCCACCGACGCCGCACGCAUACGCGUGAUGCGCCAGAAGGCCGCCGACUUCGAUCCGCGUAUUGCCAGCGUGUUCAGAGACGCCAUCCCCGACGAUCACGGCCCCGUGCUCAAGCUUCGUCUCUUCGACUGGCAUAUCCCCUCCCCGUCCACCGGUACUCUGGGUGCUGUCACCCUCGUUGGAGAUGCAGCGCACACCAUGUCCAUGUAUAGGGGAGAAGGAUUCAACCACGCCAUCCUGGAUGCCUAUCACCUGUGUCAGACUGCCCGGGAAAUCUCCAACGCGGCCGGGACUGAAGAUGGCAGAUGGCUGGAGGUCAGGGAGAAAGCCAUUCGCGAUUAUGAAGGCGAGACGAGAGCUCGAGGCGAGGUAGCAGUUGCUAUGUGUCGGGCAUCGUGCUUGGAGGUGCAUUACUGGGACAAGCUGUCGGAGAAUAGCAUCGUGCGUCGUACUGGACAUUACGCAUAAGCCAACGUAGCUGCUUUAGUGGACGAUGAGAGAGAGAGAUGUAAAUGCAAAAUGUAAAUGAACACGAAACAAUGCGUCUCUCAUGCCUUUCCUUUUUGGCGGUUCU